CUUUAUAUACGGCUGAUAGUUUAAAAAGUGUGUGUAUCAGCUCCGACGCAUGACUGGAGUUUACUCUUUAAGAGAUAGAUAUGUUUUCUUGAAGCGGUCAUUUGAUCGCUCAUGGUAGGAUUAGGUAUACAUGAAAUGUCAGUAGGUUUACUGUUAAAGUACCGUUAUUUAGGACAGUGUUGCAUUAACCUUAAGCCAAUCAUUUGAGGGUAUGAAAGAAUACGUUCUUUCAACUUAAAAGGAUAAAAAUUACUUUCCUUUAGUUUGACACAGUGUAACACAUUCAUCAAGUAAAUAAAUCUAUUGCAAUAUUAUAUAAAUACAUAUUUUUCUCGUGCAUCUCGAUAAUAUAUUUUUCGAAGAAAAGAUAAAUAAUUCUACUGAAAUACGAAGAAAUUUGAUAAUCGAUUUAUGUACAUUAAUCGAUGACGUGGACGAUCAACGCCGAACGUUUUCAGCAAAGUAUAAAGAGAGUUAUUAUCUCGAUCAUCUCAAUUCGUCGCAGACGUAUUAAAACAAAUGAUAACAAACGUUCUUCACGGUUAAGCGCGAAAUUUGAUUGCGAUGAGAUCGGUACCGGCGAUUAUCUUACAACCAGGAUACAAAAGGAAGAGAACGAGCAAGAAAUUGUAUUGCAAAAAGAGAAUGAAAAUUAUUUGCCCGAAGAUGAAGUUAAGAUAGUCAAUGAUGAGAAACGAGCUAGAUUAAAGAUAUAUUUGGAAAUUGAUCUAAUAGCUGUUAUUUUAUUGAUCGCAGCUCUUGUCACACGUCUUUAUAGAUUGGAAGAACCAAGAAGUAUAGUGUUUGAUGAACUGCAUUACGGUAAAUAUGUAGGAAUGUAUAUGAAACGAACAUUCUUCUUUGAUUCGCAUCCACCUUUGGGAAAACAACUUAUUUCUAUUGUCGCUUAUAUAGCAGGCUUUGAUGGACAAUUUAAAUUCGACAGAAUAGGAAGCCCUUAUGCUGAUAUGGUUCCUCUUUUCGCGUUACGUUUAUUUCCUGCUUUAUGUGGAAGUCUGAUAAUACCAACAGCUUAUCAUCUUGCCUUAGAAUUAGGUCUGAAACAAUGGACUGCUAUGAUCGCAGGAAUACUCUUGUUAUUUGAUAAUGCUCUUCUUACACAAUCAAGAUUUAUUUUAAUGGAAAGUAUAUUGAUUCAAUUUUCAUUAUUUGGAUUGUUAUGUAUAAUAAAAUUUAGAAAAGUUAUGGAUCAACCGACAAGAUUUUCAUGGUGGUUAUGGUUAUCUUUAGGAAUUGCAAGUUUAACAUGCGCCGUAUGUGUUAAAUAUGUUGGAUUUUAUACAUUAAUUCUUGCCAUUUACCUUAUUGCUCGAGAUUAUUGGUCUUUGAUACCUAGGAAGACUUUAUCCACGAUAAAAUUACUCGGUCAUCUACUAUUGAGAAUUCUUUUAAUAAUCAGUGUGAUGAGUACUAUAUAUUUAGGUGUUUUCUAUAUACAUUUAGAAACACUUUCUAAAGCUGGUCCGCAUGAUGCAGUAAUGACCAGUGCAUUCCAGGCAAGUUUAGAAGGUGGUCUUGCAAGUAUUACUAAGGGACAACCUUUAGAAGUUACACAUGGUUCACAAAUUACUUUGAGGCAUACUUAUGGAAGAGCGUGUUGGCUUCAUAGUCAUAGUCAUAUGUAUCCGUUAAGAUAUCCAGAUGGUAGAGGAAGUUCUCAUCAACAACAAGUUACUUGUUAUUCGUUUAAAGAUGUUAAUAAUUGGUGGAUAAUAAAAAGACCUGAUAGAAAUGACUUGGUCGUUACAAAACCUAGUGAACCAAUAAAACAUGGAGAUAUAAUACAAUUGGUUCAUGGUAUUACUAGUCGCGCAUUAAAUUCUCACGACGUUGCAGCACCUAUGACACCCCAAAGCCAAGAAGUAUCUUGUUAUAUUGAUUACAAUGUAUCCAUGCCUGCUCAAAAUCUUUGGAGAGUAGAAAUAACAAAUAAAGAUCAAUCGGGUGAUAUAUGGCAUGCUAUUCAAAGCCAAGUACGCUUGAUACAUGUAAAUACUGAAUAUGCGUUAAAAUUUAGUGGUAGACAGUUGCCAGAUUGGGGUUUCAAUCAAUAUGAAGUCGUAGCGGAUAGAUUGGUGGAUCAAUUGAAUUCUAUUUGGAAUGUCGAGGAACAUAGAUAUACUAAAAAUGAAGAUCUAAAGCAAAGAGAAAGAGAACUUAUUAAUGCAGAAAUGAUACCAUUGCGCGCAACUACGUUAACAUUUUGGGAAAAAUUUGUAGAACUGCAAAUAAAAAUGUUAUUUGGUAGUCAAGAGGGACAAAAUAGUCAUAUGUAUUCAAGUGGUCCAUUGGAAUGGCCGCUCAUGUCUAGAGGCAUAGCAUAUUGGGUUUCUAACGACAGCAAUGCACAAAUUCAUCUAUUAGGAAACAUAGCAAUAUGGUAUUCCGGUACAGCAGCUUUAAUAGUGUAUACUGCACUUUUAAUAUUUUAUAUUAUGAGAAGAAGAAGAAUGUGUUUUGAUGUUAUUAAUAGAGAAUGGAACAGAUUUCUUAACGCCGGUGGUAUAUUACUAUCUGGCUACUUAUUACAUUUUUUACCAUUUAUAUUUAUAGAAAGAACUUUAUUUUUACAUCAUUAUUUGCCGGCAUUCGUUUUUAAAGUUCUUUUAAUAGCAGUCAUGAUAGAUCAUAUUUAUUAUUUAAUAAGAAGACGAUAUACUAAUAAUACGAUUUUAUAUGCAGUGACAAUUAGUACUAUUACAUGGUUAAUCUUUGUUAUUUAUGUAUUCCGAAAAUUUGGUGCACUCAGUUACGGAGUAGUACCUCUUAGUACCAAGGACAUAUUAAAAUUAAAAUGGAAAGAUACAUGGGACUUUAUCAUACACAAAUCUUAGUAAUUAUAAUUUGAUCAUUACUCAAAUUAUUUUUAUAUAAAUUAUAUAUAUGGAGUAUCCUGUAUAUCCUGUAACUUGUGGUACAAGUAAGCAGGAGAUGAUAAAACAUGGAAAACUAUAUGAACAAAUUUUAUUCCACAUUUUCUAUUUAGUUUUUCAUGUAGAAUCACUCCCCUGCUCACUUGUACCACAAGUUACAGGAUACUCCGUAUAUAUAUUGAUGUAAUUGCAAAAUAAGAGAUCUUUUUAUUCGUGGCAUAUUUAAAAUUAAAAUGCCAUGUAGUUACAAAGUUUGCCUAUGCAUUGUGUAUGAAAUAUAUGCACAUUUGGAAAAUUAUAGUAAUAAUGAUGUCCGAAAAAAAAAAAAUGUAUAUAAUUAUAAUCAAUUAAGAGAAGCGUUAAUAUAAAGAGAUUUAUUAAAAGUUUUUCAUUCCAUUUAAAUGCGACAAAGUACAUAGCAAUACUCAGAUAAUAAUAUACUCAGAAUGAGAACAUAAAUAGAUAACUUUUUAGUUAUAUCUUAGAAUAUUUUUUAAAUUUAAUUUUGCGCGCAUUUAAAAACGACAUAUGAUAAUAUAUAUUUAAAUGAAGAAAAACAAAAUGUUAUCAAAUUAAUUUUAUGAGACUGAUUAUAUUAUAUUUUUUAAAAAGUCCAAACUUCUUUUUUUUUCUUUUUAAUUUUUUUUUUUAAGGGAAAUUCAAUGCUACAUUCCGUUUAUAUGCGAUUAAAUCUUUAAUAAGGGCAUUUUAAAUUGUUAAUUCCAAGUUUAGUUCUUUUUUGUACAGAAAACUCGACAUUUUCAUACAAGUUAAAAAAAGUUUUUGUUUGUACACAGAUUUAUCAUCUCUCUGUUGAACAAGUUAUAAUUCAAUUAUUUCCAAAUUACUCGCAACGUAAUAUUUAAUUCAUUAAUUUUCGUUUAGACGUAUUUAUAUUAAUUUGUCGAUGUCAAAUGGCAAAACUAAUUCUAAAUACGUAUACUAAGUUUCCUUAUUAUAGCUUUCGAUACAAUUAAUUACAUGUAAUUAGGAAACGAUUAAAUUACAAUUUGUCCA